AUGGCAAAAUCAAUGAAAGCAAAAACAAAUUGUUGCAAUGGAACUCGUUCUAACAAGAAGAAGGAAAAGGAGUCAAAGAAGAAGUUGAUUGAUGGGAACAGAGAUGUGGAUCCUCAGCUAUGGCAUGCUAUUGCUGGAGGAAUGGUUCGAAUUCCAGAAGUUAACUCUAAGAUCUUCUACUUCCCUCAAGGUCAUGCCGAGCAUGCGUGUGUACCUGUCCAUUUUCCUAAUGACUUCAAAAUUCCAUCCCAAAUUCCAUGUAGAGUUGCAGCUAUCCAAUAUAGGGCUGAUCCUGACACAGAUGAGGUGUAUGCAAAACUCAGGCUUGUUCCUCUGCAUAUUAGCAAAGGAAGAAGGACUUUUGAAUGGUCAACAAUUUAG